AUGGAGCCAUCCUCACCCUCGGAAAGCAGUCCCCUCCUCAGACUGCCCGCAGAGCUCCGCCUCCAGAUAUAUCAACACGCCCUCCACCCAACAUCCACCCUAACCCUCACGUCGACCAAAACAACCCGGUACGCCGUCCUCCCAAGAAUCUCGCCAGCUCUACUUUCCACCUGCCCACAAAUCCACGCCGAAGCCCAAUCCCUGCUCCUAACCGAAAACACCCUCGCCCUCACCCUCGACGCCCACGAAACCUACUGGCCUCCCAUCUCCGAGUCGCGCCUCCCGCAAAGCGUCCUCGAGAAGAUCCAGCAUCUAUGCGUCGUCUUCGACUGUACGGUCAGCUUGAACGCGCGGUAUGAAGAUGUAGACUUUGGGGCUUUCGAGGCUUUGAUUUCGCUGAAAACACUUCGCGUCGCGGUGAUUCACGUGACGGAGGACGUCUGGGGUGGGCCCGGGAGGGAUCCUGUGGAGAGGUGUGUGGAGUUGUUGACGGAGGUGUUGAUGAGAGUGCCGAGGAGUGCGAAAGUGUUUUGUGGGAUUGAGGAGGGGACGCAGGAAGGGGUGUUGUUGGAGGAGAAGUUAGUGGCUAAGAGACAGGGAAGGCAGCGACCGGAGGUGAUGCAGGUGGUGGAGAAGAAGGAUACUGAAGCGGCGGUUAUGAAAGUGCCUGGUGAGCUUCGAGGGACGAAGAAUGGCGGCAAUCCAGACGUCUUUGCACAAUAUCGUGAGCAGCAGAUGGGAGAGGCCAGGAGGUUUGCUAUGAGCUAA